AUGAUAUUUAAUCAAGGAAUUUAUUAUUUAUUAACGUUACUUAAAUGUUCAAAUGUUGAUUUAAUCUAUUUGACAUGGUUAUGGACAUUAUUUAAACCUUUAUGUUUUUUAUUGUUAACAUUAUUUCUAUUACCAGCAGCUAUACUUAUAUUUAUAUAUAGUUCAUCAUUAUUUUGUUUGAUGUAUAAACAUUGGAAUCGGUUAAAAAGCGCAUAUUCAGAUGAUGUUUGGUAUGGUGCAUUGAAAACAUUGGCUAUCUUAUGGGAAUUACAAGGAAGUAUAUGGCAUGGUUAUGAAGUCGAAGGAUUAGAACAUAUUCCUACAAAAGGACCCGUUCUUAUUGUUUUUUAUCAUGGAGCAUUACCAAUUGAUUUCUAUUAUUUAUUUGCUAAAGUUUGGCUUUAUCGUAAUCGACGUGUACAUGUUGUUGCUGAUAAAUUUGUAUUUAAAAUACCUGGUCUUGGUACUCUUCUUGAAGCAUUAAAAAUUGAACCAGCAACAUUCGGAAUAUGCAAAUCAACGCUUGAAGAAGGACAUGUACUUGCUAUUUCACCUGGUGGUGUUCGUGAAGCUCUUUUCGGUGAUCAUAAUUAUCAUUUAAUAUGGAAAGAACGACGAGGUUUUGCAAAAAUUGCAAUUGAAUCUAAAACUACAAUCAUUCCAAUGUUUACAAAAAAUUGUCGAGAAGCUGUACGUGCUUUGACAUUUGGUCGCCGUCUUUUAAGAUAUAUCUAUGAAAAAACUCGAUUACCAAUUGUUCCAAUCUAUGGAAUGUUUCCAGUUAAAAUGAUUACUUAUCUUGGAGAACCUAUUCCAUAUGAUCCUAAUGUAACGACAGAAAUUCUUGCUAGUCAAGUGAAAAAAGAAAUUGAAAAAUUGAUAGAAAUUCAUCAACGACGACCGGGUAGUAUAACACAAGCUAUUCUCGAUCGAUUUAAUUGUUUUUUUAAUGAAACGAAUGAAAAGAAAAAAUGA